GCGGUGAGUUCGGAUGAGCUGGAUGAGAAUGCCAAAGCCUUGCGUUUUGCAGACGACGUAUUUUUUGUCCUGAAAAACUGUCUCGGUCGUGCACUGACCUCUGGCAGUGUGGACGGAAUCUGUGCCAUGUUGAAUCACUCACGUGCCAUUCUGUUGGACGAGCUGAUCACAAAUAAUCUGUCUGCGCGAGUUCGUGCGGGUUUCCCGUCCGGUUGGAUGCAAGAUGCUUACAGUUACAUGCAAAGUAGUGUGGCUGCAGUCUCAGUGAAUCCGGUGGUAUCCGGCGUUUCCGGUGCAACUUCAUUAACCGGAUCCUCGACAUCGAGUUCUGUCGGCGGAUUGAGCGCUGUCGCUUCCGGUUCAGGUAAUGCGGCCCGGCAACAGUUCCUCAUCACAUUAAACACAAUCGAGGCGUGUCAGACGAAUUUGGAGAAAUUGCAUUCCCAUUUCGAGCGGAAUUUGUCCACGUUGUGCGAAUCGGCACAAAAAGAAGUGAAUUUGAGCAAACUUUUGGCCUGUUUGAACGAGCUGAAACAGUCCGUAUCAGAGCAAUUGCAACGCUUGCUGGAUAAUGGAAUUGACCAGUUGACUAGUUCGGUCGUCCGUGGUCAGGCAAAAACGGUACUCCAACCAUUCACAUCCCAGUCCUACGAAUUGACUGAGCGAAUGGUUGUAGUCAGAGAUGCUGCUGCUGCUGGUUUUGAUGAGUUCUACGAGCUGGACGUUUUAAUACCGUAUUCUUCUGUCGGCUCUCAUCCUUGUGAAUACUCGCGAACAGCUAGCAGUCACAACUGUGUUGCUGAAAUCCGCAAUUAUGUACACGUGGAUUUGAACAGAUUCCACGCCAACUAA